AUGUCCUGUUUCGCUGAGAAGAUCGCCCAGGGCGUUAAGAAGGCCACUGUCGCUGCAGUUUCACUGUCCCGCCCCCCCAAGCGCUCGGCUCAAGGCGAGCUAGAGGGCGAUGUCAUGAAGAAGAAGCACAAUGGCCCGUGUUGCAACAAUACUACUUCCCCCGCUACCGCUACCGCUAUGUCUUCCUUUGCGGAGAAAAUUGCCCAGGGCAUAAAAAAGGCAACCGAUAAGGCUACGAUUGCCGCUGCCGCCGCAGUCCCCCUUCCUUCCCCUCACAAGCACAAAGUCCAGGAUGAGCUUGCUCUGAACACUGUUAAAGUUGACAUUUGCAUUGACUGGAUCACCAAGGAGGAGGAAGACAGAACGAAGAAGAAGGAGAAGAGGGACAAGAAGAAGGGGCAUAAGAGGGCACAGCCUGAAGAAGAGGCACAAGAGCAACAGCAACAGCAGGAGCAGGAGAAGGAAGUGAAGCAGAUGGAAACAAAUGAGUAG